AUGAUACAGCCUGUUGCUUCUAAGGACUUAGAUCUCAUUAUAUCUGGGGAACAAAUUGGACAGCAUACGAAUGUCAUAGGAGAGGGGAAUGUAGAAGUCCUAUUGGAGAUGGAAAACCAAGAAUUGGCUACUAAAACUACUGUUGAGAGGGGAAUUACAAGUACGCCAAAGGUAGCUGUUGGAGGAAAGGCUGGAGCUUCAUGGAAGAGGAAGCAGCACAAUACAGGCAGAUUACUGAGAAUGUCUGAGCAGCCUUCACAUAGUUCCCUGGCUAUUGAGGUAUCUAAAGGGGAGAAGACUAUUAAGACAUUGAAGAGAAAAAAAGAGAUUGUGAUGAGGUGA